AUGGAAGGCAAGAAGGAAAUAGACGAAGCAAAAGAGAAACCUGUUAAUAUGGGUUUGUCUUUGCAGUGGAGCCAGUGGCAACUGCUCGAUUCGAUUCUUCCUACUGGUGGGUUUGCUCAUUCGUUUGGUAUCGAGGCAGCUAUUCAAGCACGUGUAAUAUUGAGUCAGGAAGACUUCCGAACUUAUGUUAUUCAUGUUUUGGAGAACACCGGGAGCUUGCUUCUUCCUUAUGUGCACUCGGCAGCAAUGUGUCCGGAUAUGGAUAACUGGCGGAAGCUUGAUAGAAUGCUUGAUGCUACUUUAACCAAUGAAGUAAGUCGAAAGGCGUCUGUUUCGCAAGGAUCGGCGCUAAUGAGAGUGGCUGCAGCUGUGUUUACCGAACUCCCAUCUCUUAAAACUAUGAGGGAGAUGUCUCUUGGUUCUGGGAUUGUUGCUUUUCACCAUGCUCCUGUCUUUGGGAUUGUAUGUGGGCUUCUGGGCAUGGAUAGUGAAACUUCUCAGAGAGCUUACAUGUUUAUCACAAUGAGGGAUGCGUUUUCAGCUGCUACAAGACUGAACUUGGUCGGACCUCUUGGUGCUGCUGUGUUGCAGCAUCAGGUGUCUAUUGUUGCUGAAACCAUGCUAAAAAGAUGGCUGAACCGCGAGGUUCAGGAUGCAUGUCAGACAGCACCUUUGCUUGAUACUUUACAAGGAUGUCAUGGCUAUUUAUUUUCAAGAUUAUUUUGCUCUUGA